AUGGUUGCCCUGCUCUCCCUGAUGUGGCUCUCGCCAGCUCUCGCCAGUCUCAAGGAUCUUGCCAACUGCGACCCCCUCCGGAAAGACAUGCGUUGUCCCCCCGAUGCCGCCUUUGCGGGCAAGGCCUCGUUCGACUUCACCACGUCAAGCUGGGACAAUGGCCUGUUGGCCUUUUGGAGCGUGGACAACGGCACGGCCGAGGACAGGAAGCGCCUCGACCUGGACACGAACGGCCGGGGCGCGGCCAUGGGCAUGUGGAAGGCCGGGGAUGCCCCCACGCUCGUCAGCACAAAGUACCUCUUGUUUGGCAAGGUGUCGGUGACGGUGCAGGCCGCCGAGGGGCCUGGCCUGGUGACCGCCAUGGUGCUGAAGAGCGACUCGGGCGACGAGAUUGACUGGGAGCUCCUCGGGGCGUACGCCAACCAAGCGCAGACAAACUACUUUUACGACGGGCAGGCCCUCUUCAACACGUACAACGACACGUACGCGCUCGACACGUCGUCGUUUGCCGCGCCGCAGACGUACGCGGUCGAGUGGACGGACCAGUUCCUCAGCUUCUCGGUCAACGGCGCCGUCCGCAAGACAUGGUACGUGGGGCAGAUCCCCGCGGACAAGUGGCCCCGGACGCCGAUGCAGGUCAAGCUGGGCGUGUGGGCCGUCGGCGGCGACGGCGGCAGCGACCCCGGCGAGGUCGCGUGGGCGGGCGGCCUGCCGGACUGGGCGGGCGGCCCGUACAAGGCGUACUUCGGGCGCGUCGACGUCGAGGACUACGCGGGCUUCUGCAACGCCACCGACGGCCAGGUCGAGUACCAGUACGACGAGCGGACCGCGGGGUGGCAGGACGUGCGUAUCGCGGGCUGUCGGAGCCGGCCGGGCGCGCGGCUGCCGACGCCGAGCCCGGUGUCGAGCGCCGCCACCGCCCCGGGCCCGGACCCGUCGACGGCCACGGCCACGGCCACGGCCACGGCGCCCGCCAGGGAGGAGGGGGAGGCCUCGCUCGCGCGCGUCCCGUCGCCGCUGGUGCUCGCGCUGGGCCUGGCGUGCGUGUGGGCUCUGUGA